UCCUGCAGGGUUUCUCUGGGUUCUGCAGGUUCUGCAGAAACAAAGUUUAGAUGAACAUCAGGGUUCUCCAGGGGGCUCUGUCUCACAUGAUGCCAGUGGACAUGGCGAUGAGGUUCUGUCUGGCCGGUUCUCCUCCUCUGGGUUCCUUCCUGUUAGAACACUGUUCCCCGCUGAGGCCCUGCCUGUCCUCCGGUCUCCACGGCGACGCCUGCACUAACACCACGGUAACCAGGAGGUCAGCGGUCUGUCUGAAGAAGAAGAGGAACGUUGUGUUUGCGGACUCUCGGGGUCUGGCUCUCGCUGACGUCCACGUUUAUAACGAGGACGAGGACCAGCUGCUGACGGAGAACCAGGACCUGAAGCUGAGAGACAGGACAGGUGAGAACCAGCACCUGAGAGACAGGACAGGUGAGAACCAGCACCUGAGAGACAGGACAGGUGAGAACCAGCACCUGAGAGACAGGACAGGUGAGAACCAGGACCUCAGAGACAGGACAGGUGAGAACCAGCACCUGAGAGACAGGACAGGUGAGAACCAGCACCUGAGAGACAGGACAGGUGAGAACCAGGACCUCAGAGACAGGACAGGUGAGAACCAGCACCUGAGAGACAGGACAGGUGAGAACCAGCACCUGAGAGACAGGACAGGUGAGAACCAGCACCUGAGAGACAGGACAGGUGAGAACCAGCACCUGAGAGACAGGACAGGUGAGAACCAGCACCUGAGAGACAGGACAGGUGAGAACCAGCACCUGAGGUGAAUCCCAUUGAGAUCAUUGACCUACUGCAAGUAGGUUCCACAUGAAUACAUAUAAACAUAACAGAAAAACA